GACCUCGACAAUCCGGUUAACGAUGCAGCCCAUGCCUGUUCUUCACACUAGGCCGAGCCUCUCACCGUUCAGAUCCUUGACGCCUUUGCGCUGAUAGGCCGCUCGUGGGUUUUUUUAGGAAUCCUUCAGGCCAAGAUGUGAGACCAUGAGGGGUAUAUGUCACACGCGGUGCCGUGAAGACGCGGUCUUUUCUUUUUCUACUCCAUAUGUUUUCUCGUUGAUAUUCACGCCAGUGCCAUUGUCUUACUGCCUGGAGUCAUUCGAGCUGGUACCGCACGAGGCAUCAUGAGCCAAUUUCAACUCUUUCCUCCAACCUCGCCCAAGAAGGUCUCGAAGAAUCCCUUUCGUAGGGAGCUCAAGAGACCGACCGAGACUGUCAAACCCGCCAGUCCGAUUCCGCUGGAGGAUCUGAGCAACAAGGAGACCAAGACAGAGGCCGUGCUGCUUCAGAUCAUCGAGGACACGAACGAGAUCCAACCGCCGCCCAAGGCUCGCAUCUCCAAGUCAAACGCUGCUGCGGAAAAAGGCCCGGACAAAUGGUCAACGUCGCCCCCCAAAGCCAGCCUGCAGAAGACAGAAUGGGAUGUGCCUUCGAAGGAAAUCGAAUUGAACUCGCCAGGAGCGAGCAGCUCGCGCUCGGUCCAGAAAGCGCCUCAACGCUCGGAGUCACCAGAAAUCCCGAUGAAGUCGAUGUUCCCUCGGUAUAAUCCCAACGUGCCUCUGAGCGAGCAACAGUACUAUCCCGGGGCUUCGAGUCAAAGUUCUCGAUCUCGCAAACCCAAGGAUCUGACGCUGUCGCCUCAGCCGGAGAUCGAUCGUGCUCUAGGACCCAAGACGGUGCCUGCCAGCGUGAUGAACUUCCCAUUGGGUGCGCUGGACCCGGCAGACGAGGUCCAUUACUCUUCUGCAGCAGAGCUCCAAGGUCUAUGGGAAGCCGCCAAUGGCCAACGGCCUCAGGAUCUGUCAGGGACCUUCAAUCUGCGCAUGGCACGGACGGACCCUGCCACCUUCAUCUUCGGCGACCCCCAAUCGCCCUUCUACACCAUGCAGACAUACUCCACCGACGAGCUCUCCAUCACUCGCACCAACCCGUCCAACCCCAGCAGCAGCGUCCCCAUCAUGAUGCUCAAACUCGAAGACCGCCGCCGUCGCGAGCCACCCAACGACGGCCUCGUCUCGCGGCUCUUCUCCCGACUGGCCGCCAUGCUCGCCAUCGAACAGGCCGAAGAACUGACCCGCCAACACCGACUCGGGCCCGCCGAGGCCGCCGAAGUCGAAGGCGACGCCCUCAAGCGCGCCGCCGCCCAGGAAUCCUGCCGUCUCACCUGGAACCACCCUAAGCAGCUCUACGAACUACAUCACCCGUCGCUCGACAAGCCCCAACCGCCGGCCCUCGUCGGCGCUGUCGGCAUCCCGCUCUCCCCCGUGCCCUCCAAAUACUCCGGCACGCUGCACAUCAGCAUCUCGACGCCCUCGCGCGACUCCAAGCACCGCCAACAACCACCCACCAUCCUCGUCACGACCCCGUUACCCGCCAACGCAGUCGAGUCUGCCAACGUCGCCGCCACGCCACGCACCUCCACCCUGCCCCUGACCGAGUCCGACGACCCCCUGGCCUCGCUGGACCUCGGCUCCAUGACCCUGUCCAUCUCUGCCGCCGCCAUCGUCACCAUCAUUCCGUCCCUGUACGCCAUCGACUCCCUGAUCAGCGCGAUGCUGGCCGUCGCCGUGUCCGAUGAAUCGACGAACCCGAUCCUCGCAGACAUGACCCUCUACGAUCCCCAUAGCCAGGCCCACAACAGCCAACCCUCCUCGUUCUUCCGCGAUGCCCGCUUCGACGGAAAGCUAGUCGCCACGCUCGCCGAACGCGACGACACAGAGCAAUCCAACCAGCUCAUGGCGCAGAUCAAAUCCGCUGCGAGCCGGAACCCGCGCAGUUGGUUUCGUUGGCGCUCUGGCCCUGACGAUCCCAGCGCUGACCCAAGCACCAACCCGCCCAAAGCCAAGGGGAAGCCGAAGAAGAGCAAGAACCAGAAAAUCGUCGUCGAGGAGUUCGACCUCGAGCGGUACGGCCGAUACGGGCACAGCUCGUCGCGCGAGGGGCAGAAGCUGCCGGGGCCGACGCGCGGUGUGCUACGGGUGCUUUUCUGGGGGUUGAAUCUGAUUGUGCAUUUGCUGACGGCGCUGGUGAAGGUGCUGGCUUGGGUGUUGGUUAAUGUGACGAGGUGUGUGACGAGUCAGAAGUUUUAACUUGUUUGGAGGGGAUGUAGAUAUGCUAUAGUUACGCUAUGGUUAUGAACGUGGUUAUGCUAUUUAAUGAUCUCUUUUUGGUCUAUGGGUAUAUUUAGGUUGAUGGUUUAUUUACGAUGGGGUUUUAGCUAGCUGGGUCUGGUGUUUGUGUUUGUUUACGACUGUUUAUUAUCCUCUUUCUUCUUCUUCUUCUUCUUCUUCUUCUUUUUUUCUUUCUCGAUAUC